UGGCUGGCCUGGUGCCACUGAUCAAUGCCAUGUAACAUCUGAAAAAAGAGAAAUUUAAAAUCAAAGCCGUCGCUAUGGCAACGCCCCUGCCACGUUCCACCAAUCAAUGGAGUCCGUGGGGUUGUGAGAUGCGCCAGGGAAAGGCCAGCGUCCUACAUAAAGAGUCCAGGACAGGGAAGCUUGCAGCACACAGGGCAGCACACCUUUCUGCAACCAGAGAAGUGUGACAGAAGCCACAGGACAAAAAAAAAGGAAGACAUGGUACAUUCAUGCGGACAGGAGAUUCCUGCCUGGGUCUAUGUGGGCAGCCUACUCUUCUUCAUCUCCUUAAACUCUUUUACAGUCAGCGGAGCACCUUUGAAGCAGGAGCUUCUUGACAAUGGAGCCACAGUGCUGAAUCACUCCAUGAGCCUUGUGCAUCGGAUGGAGACACUACUGGCCAUGGGGAACGGGAGUGACGUCACUCUGCGGGUGCAGACCAUUGACACAGAUGAGGUGAAGGUGAUCCAAGCCCACAGUUUGGUCCUGACACUGCAGAGUGAUGUGUUUGAGGAGCUGCUGGUCAAUCGCAACAACAGCGCUGUGAUUUUGACAGAGACCGCCCUCUGCGCAGCUGUUUUUGACAAGUUUAUCAGGUAUCUGUACUGCGGUGACAUUUCCGUACGGCUAGAUCAAGCUAUAUUCCUGCACACGCUGGCCACCAAAUAUCACGUGUGGGGCUUACAGCAAGGUCUGACCCACUACAUGACUCAACAUCUUUCCAGUGAUUCGCCAACAGGUCACGUGGUUAGUUGGUAUAACUAUGCACUAAAAAUUGGGGACACGACCCUACGGGACAGCUGUCUCCUAUACUUGUCCUGGAACCUGUCUUCUGUGCUGCAGAGCAAAGAAUGGGGCUCCAUUAGUGAAGACCUGCUCUUGUCCUUGCUGCAACGCUCUGACCUUAUUCUGCAAAGUGAACUGGAGCUCUUUGAGGCUCUGGAGGUUUGGGUCAAUCUGAACCAACCUGUCAGUGCAACAGUGGAAACUGCCCUAAGGGCUGUUCGUUAUGGCAUGAUCCCCCCUUAUCAUCUUUUUCGCCUCCAGAAGCAGUCCCUCCUUCUGAUAAAGUAUUACGAGUCCAUCCGUGAUCUCCUAUAUCUAGCUUUCCAAUUUCACUCGGCUUCGCCAAUUCAACUGGCAAAGUACUUUGAUGUCAACUGCAGUAUUUUCACCCCCCGCAACUACCUGUCAUCCUCCUGGGGUUCUCCAUGGGUCAUCAACAGUCCUACUCGUGACGAUCGCAGCUUUAGCUUUCAGACACAGCUUGGGCCAAGUGGCCACGAUUCUAGUAAGAGAGUGACAUGGAAUGCUCUUUUCUCUCCUCGAUGGCUGCCACUCAGCGCCAGAUCGUCAUAUUCCGAACUUGGUGCCAUGCAGCCCACCCGCACAGAGGCAGGCCAUCCUCGCAUCAUUGUAACUCCGGCCACCUCCAGCCCAGACUUUGCUGGUGUCAGCUUCCAGAAAACCGUCAUUGUUAUGGCAAAGCAGCAAGGAAAAGUGGUGGUCCGCCACGUCUACAACUUCCACCAAAGUACAGAGGAGGCUGGGGAUUUUUUGAUGGAUGCAGAUUUGCAGCGCCGUUCAUCAGACUAUCUAAUUGACAGUUCUCUUUAUCUGCACAUUGUGAUCAAACCUCUCUACCAUACACUGCUUGUUGCUAGGAAGUAAAACCACAAAUUCCCAGGAACCUCACUAUCCCUCUACCACCCACACAAUCACAUGCACAUGUUCCAAAGUACACUCAUAUCACAGCAGAUGUGUGUCUUUCAUAUCUGUGUUAUUGUAAUGAUUUGGUGCAUUUUAUUGUCUUCCAGCUGUUCAGAUUGGGCAAGUUUAGAAAGAAAAUCAAGUAUUUUAAACUGUACAACCCAUAUUUAUAAUAAUUGCAUUCUUUGGAUCUUAAUUUUUAAUGUGAGAAAAAUCAUCAUUGUACUGUAUUUCUUAAUGUAUCUCAAAAUGUGGUUGCAUAUUUUCCUUAAAUUUAUUAUUCAAAGCAAUGUUCAUUUUUCACCCAGUUACACAUGGUUCUAUAGAGGCUUUUUUCCCAAGAUAAACUACAAUUACUUUUACUUAUAUAGAUUUUUAUCAUUUAUGUGCUCUAAUGGAAUAUUGUAUACAGUUUGAAACUCAUAAAAUAAAAAUGGAAAAAAAGAACCCCAUUAUCACUUAAUUUACAGGCGAACUGUCUUGUCAGGCUAUGGAAAAAAGCUGUAUAUUAUUUAUAUUAUUUUUACCUUUGCUUCCUUUGCACCCUCUGUGCCCCCCCCCCCCCCAAAAAAAAAGAAAAGAAAAUGUAUUUAUUUAUUUUCCCAGGAGCUCUGUAUUGUACUUAGCUAGAAUUCUAUGACUUCUAAAAAUCCAUGUCAUUGUAAUAAAUUUAAAAAAAAUAAUAAUAAAGGAGAAAAUAAAG